UUGGAGGUUGACGCGAAAGGAGCAAUCUACUUGACGACUAAAAAUGGAACAUUUCCCAUAGCACUCACAUCCCUGAAUUCCCGCGACGGCAACGCAGCGCAAGACAUUCCGAAGAUUUUAUUGGCAACCACUAAAAAUGACACAAGCCUUCACUGGAGUGACGUAUCGGAUGAUUUUUUAUUCACCAAUUAUUUAAACGAAACCCAUGAUUACAAAAACUUACACGUGUCGAAGAGGAAUAAUUAUAAAAGGAGCAUUAACGAUGCUGUGUCCAAGAACAUUACUUUGGUAUUAGAGAACUUAUUAAAAAACUAUGAAAAUUCACAGCUACCAACGCAUGGAAAGGGAUACCCUACAGUUGUACAAACAAAUAUAUUAAUAAGGAGCAUGGGACCGGUGUCAGAACUCGAUAUGGAUUAUUCAAUGGACUGUUACUUUAGGCAGUAUUGGCGUGACACGCGCCUGUCGUUUCUCGGACCGAUUCGUUCUCUAUCCCUGUCUAUCAAAAUGCUGGAAAGGAUAUGGCGACCCGACACGUACUUCUACAAUGGAAAGCACUCCUACGUGCACACUAUUACCGUCCCUAACAAGCUUUUAAGGAUCAGCCAACAUGGUGAUAUACUGUAUUCUAUGAGAUUGACAAUUAAAGCGAAAUGUCCAAUGGAGUUGCGUAAUUUUCCAAUGGACAGACAGUCUUGUCCCCUUAUUCUUGGAAGUUACGCAUACUCUAACCAGCAGUUGGUAUACCAAUGGCAGAAUUCGCAAAGCGUAAAUUUUGUGCCCGGCAUGACGCUCUCACAGUUCGAUCUCAUUAGUUUUCCAUAUCGGAACUUCACCUUUACAAGAAGAGAAGGUGAUUUCUCUGUGCUCCAAGUGUCGUUCAAUCUUCAGCGCCAUACAGGUUAUUUCCUCAUUCAAGUGUACGUGCCCUGCAUCCUCAUUGUAGUACUUUCUUGGGUUUCGUUCUGGAUUCAUCGCGAGGCUACCUCAGAUCGGGUAGGUCUUGGAAUAACAACAGUUUUAACUUUGUCAACAAUCAGUUUGGAUUCGCGGACCGAUCUCCCGAAAGUGCGUUACGCUACUGCUCUGGACUGGUUUUUACUCAUGAGUUUCUUCUAUUGUAUCGCUACGUUGUUAGAAUUUGCUGGAGUACAUUACUUUACCAAGGUUGGCUCAGGAGAAAUUGUAAUUGACGAUUCGGAGUGGGAGGAACUUAUUGAAGAAGUAGGAGGCGACGCCUUCGCUGCCAGACAGCUGGCGGUGCGCCGGCGAAGUUCAUCCAGAUCUGCUACAAACUUGAACUUUUUACCUACACAAGGCAACUGCACCAACGGAGGCGAAGAUUUACCUCCUCCGCCGGAACAAACUUCCGUCCGCCUUACUAUGGAACGCACUACGCAAACUGAAAGAAGGGUACCUCGUUGGAGACAGCUGCUUUACUGUCUAGCAGGCGAUGACCGCUACCGACGUCAGCGGCAAAUAGAAGCAGGUAAACGUGGCCACAUAAACAGCGUGUCGCACAUCGAUAAAGCUGCCCGCAUCCUUUUUCCAGCUUCGUUUGCGCUGCUCAAUCUCUUUUAUUGGAUGAUCUACGCCUUUUCAAGCGACGACUUCGCAUGGAGCGACAACCCCAUGAACACACUCUCUCAUUAA